AAAACAAAUCCUCGCGCUGCACGUGUCUGUCGUGGGCAUAGUUUUUGCUGUGCCUUUCUGUCAAUAUUUUGCGGAAGUUCGCCUGUCCUCCGUCCGUCGCCGGCCAUGUUUCCGGAGGAGCAGGAGGCCAUCGAGGGCGCCGAGGUCGUCGAGGCCGAGGAGGAGGACGACUUCUUCCUCGACGUGGACGUCUUGCAGAACCACGGCAUCAACGCCGCCGACAUCAAAAAGCUGAAGACGGCCGGCAUCUGCACACUCAAGGGCAUCCAGAUGGCCACCAAGAAGAAGCUGUGCGCCAUCAAGGGUCUGAGCGAGGCCAAGGUGGACAAGGUGAAGGAGGCGUGCUGCAAGCUGCUCAACAGCGGCUUUGUGACGGCGCUGGAGUUCAGCGACAAGCGGCGCUGCGUGUUCCACAUCUCGACCGGCAGCCAGGAGCUGGACAAGCUGAUGGGCGGCGGCCUCGAGUCGAUGGCCAUCACCGAGGCGUUCGGUGAGUUCCGCACCGGCAAGACGCAGCUGUCGCACACGCUGUGCGUCACCGCCCAGCUGCCCGGCGAAGGCGGCUACACGGGAGGCAAGGUGAUCUUCAUCGACACCGAGAACACCUUCCGACCGGACCGGCUGCGGCCCAUCGCCGACCGAUUCAACCUCGACCAGAGCGCCAUGCUCGACAACGUGCUGUACGCGCGCGCCUACACCAGCGAGCAUCAGUACGAGCUCAUGGACAUGGUGGCCGCCAAGCUGCACGAAGAGGCCGGUGUGUUCAAGCUGCUGAUCGUGGACAGCAUCAUGGCGCUGUUUCGGGUGGAUUUCAGCGGUCGCGGCGAGCUGGCCGACCGGCAGCAGAAGCUGGCGCAGAUGCUCUCCCGGCUGCAGAAGAUUUCCGAGGAGUACAACGUGGCCGUCUUCCUGACCAACCAGAUGACGGCCGACCCGGGUGCGGCGCUCUCGUUCCAGGCCGACCCCAAGAAGCCGGUGGGCGGCCACAUCCUGGCGCACGCAUCCACCACGCGCAUCUCGCUGCGCAAGGGCCGCGGGGAGGUGCGCAUCGCCAAAAUAUACGACAGUCCCGACCUGCCCGAGUCGGAGGCGUCGUUCGCCAUCACGUCCGGUGGCGUCACUGACGCCAAGGAGUGACAGGAUGGAGCGGAGAUCACCGGUCAGUGACGGGCUCCGCCCUCGGGGUCGGGCUGUGCGCGCCGGGACAGUGAUGGGCUCCAACCUGGGGAUCGGGCAGUGUGCGCCGGGCUAGCGGCGGCUGCCUGGGGAUAGUGGGUGAGGUGAGGUAGUGAUUAUAGUGAGUGAGCGUGCCAUGGACGAGUCCAGCGGAAGAAUGAUGUCAACUUAGGCUUUGUGCUUUAGAGAUGUUACCAGAAAGUGUUUGUGGUGUCAUUGCGAUCUCCCGAUAUCAUGCUACGUUGUUCGCCGUUACUGUUUGCCGACAUUUAGCAGUGUGCAUUGCCAUCGUGAUGUUUUUAGCUGUCAUCGUGGUGUUCCUUUUAUGUUAGAUUAUCAUUCGUUUGGUAAUGACCGCUGACUGACUGGGUAACAUUUCCCUAUUCAUACUUCUCUCACUAAGACCCAUUGUAUUUUGUCUGCAGUGCCUGUUUGUGUGCGAGUUGUUUCUUGUUAUUGCAUCAUUCAUUUAUCGAAUCUUCAUCCUACAUUCCAUUUGAGUAGGACACCGUCACAUACAUCAUUUAUAGGCAUCGAUUCCUCAUCCUGUCUCGCCUGUAUGUUCACCGCUGAUUAUCAACUUUGUGGAAUAGAUGCUACACAAUAUGUAAA